GUUCCUUCUGGCAGUGCCGGCAGUAUUGUCUCUCUGCAUGUCCUUCCACUUUCUGGCUACCAUGUGUUUAAGCCGCCGGCACCUCCUGGAGCAGUUCCCAGUGGAGCCCCCCGCCGAGGACUGGGUAGAGACUUAAAGAGAUGAAAUCUUCUCGCCUUUUGCUGGAGGCUUGAUUUCCCGGCGGCCUCUGCUGCCUUACUGCUCUGCGUGUUAUUUGCGUUUCCGGUCACGUGCGUUGCUUUUUCUGCGCAGCCGCCAGGCCAAGAGUCCGUCUCCCAGUGUCCCUCACGGUGGCGCGGGGUGUUCUGGGUGUUGUAGUUCGAACGCCCGUCUGGCUGAUCCAGCAACAGCGAGCUGCAGGAUGUCGGAGGUGCGGCUGCCGCCACUGCGCGCCCUAGACGACUUCAUUCUGGGCUCCGCGCGUCUAGCAGCCCCUGAUCCAGGCGACCCACAGCGAUGGUGCCACCGCGUCAUCAACAACCUCCUCUAUUACCAAACUAACUACUUAAUCUUCUUGGGCUUUGGUCUUGCUCUGGCCGGGUACAUGAGCCCACUGCACACGCUCCUAAGCACACUGGUAGUAGCAGUGGCUCUGGGCGUGCUCGUGUGGGCGGCUGAAGCCUGCGCGGCCGUGCGCCGUUGCCGCCGCAGCCACCCUGCCGCCUGCCUGGCCGCAGUGCUUGCCGUCGGGCUCCUGGUUCUCUGGGCUGUCGGAGGCGCUUGCACCUUCUUGCUCAGCAUCGCUGGGCCAGUGCUUCUGAUUCUGGUGCACGCCUCACUGCGCCUGCGCAACCUCAAGAACAAGCUUGAGAACAACAUGGAGAGCAUUGGUCUCAAGCGGACGCCAAUGGGGCUGCUACUAGAGGCGCUGGGACAAGAGCAGGAGGCUGGAUCCUAGGGGUCUCGGAUCUGUACCUCAGACCUGGAGGAUACCACACACACCCUGACCAGAACCAGGGACCCAGAGCCCUUUUCCAGCCCUUAACAUAGGAACCCUUGCCCAGUCCAGAGAGCAGGACAUCACCAUCGCCAUACCCCUGGGUCCAAAACUGGGAUAGCCCCCCACACCCAGCCACUAGGGACCAGAAUCUUCUCCCGCCCUGAACCUGGGACCAGGGCAGAGCCACCAAAACUGGGGCUUAAGAGACCAGAGUAUCCACAGUCAACCUCAAACUCAGGACCCAGGGGCACUCCCCCAAUCCAAAUCUGAAACCUGCCCUUCUCCCAUUCUCAGCCCCAAAGCUGGCAUCUGGGUCUAAAGAAUUAUCAAAUCUUAAACCUAGGGCCAAGGCUUUUCCAGCCCCUACCUCAGUUCUGGACUCAGGUCAAGUCAUUGCCAAAUCUUGAGCCCAAGACCCAGGUGUUCUCAGCCCCCAUCUGGGUACAGGGCUCAGGCAUCCUAACUCUGUUGAACCCUUGGUCCCAGGUGACCCCAACCUUCACCAAGGAUCAAGGGGUGGGAUGGCGGUAGGCCCCUACCGGGAACAGGGCAUAUUUAUCAGUGUUGCUGCAACAAUAAAGGCUGUUGCAUCUCUCAAGCCAAUUUCAGCCUCCUGGGUAGAGUCCUUGGGCAUUUCAGUAGGUAGAGGUGGCCUGCUUUUUAAUCCUACUAAAAACUCUUCCUAACAGGGUCUCAGUUUCUCUAUCAAAUAUGUGGAUUGAAGGGAUGAUUUCUGAGGCCCUUCCUCAAACCUGUUAUCUUUGGAGAGGCAUUAAAGCAUGAAGUAGUUAAGGCAUGAAA